GAUCUCCGGCAAUGCUUUUACGGCUUUUACAUUUCAAUUUCAGUAGAGCGGUAUGCGUAUGAGCUGGUAUGAGUGCUUCGGAAAUGGCUUUUGAAAAUGAAUUUCACCACUCGAGAACUCAAAACUCUUGUGUUGCUCGAGCCAUAAGCUAUUUGAUCCACAUGAAGCUGUCAACGCUUGUGCUGAUUCUCAUUUUCCUUUUGAUUUUAAUUCCACUAAUGAUGCAUUAUUAUGUGUCUCAGAUUCUAGUUCAUCAGACCCAAGUGGCUCAGAAGGCACAUCCCCUGGUGACCAAUGUGGACCUGAACAGUGACUCCUCAGCUCAUCUGAAAGGAAGGAUCGAUGAAAUGAACAGGAUCAAAAACUCUGUCAGUAACGAGCUGCUCCAGCUGGAGGCAAAGCGUAACAAGCUGCACCAGUCACUGGAGACAUACAGCGGCAGGGUGGAUGAGCUCAAGCAGCAGCUCUCCCGGCUGCAGCUCGAGUACGAGCGGCUCAAGUACAGCGUGGAGCGCGCGCGCGCCGCCCAGCUGGAGGCCGCCGAGCGCGACACCCCGCUGCUGGCGCGGCCGCGGCCGCUGCGCGCCGAGCCGGGCCCGCGGCCGGCCCUGGAGCCGCCGCCGGCCGCCGACCGACGCCGCUGCACGCUGCCGGAGUGCUGGGACUACUCGCUCUGCCCCAUCACCGGCGGCUUCUCGUUCCACCUGUACCGGCCGCUGAGCGACGCCAGUGACGCGGCCGCCAGCCGGCUGCUCGAGGCGUUGCGCAGCAACGUCCAGUGGCGCUCCGACCCGGCCGCCGUCUGUGCGUACGUGCUGGUGGUGGGCGGCGCGCCGGAGCCGGCCCGGCUGCAGCGGCUGCUGACCGCGGCCGAACACUGGUCCGGGGACGGCCGCAACCACGUGCUGGUGGCGGCUAGCGCGCCGGCCGCCGCCGCCCUGGACUCUGUCGACACGGGCCGCGCGGUGCUGGUCAGGACGCCGGACGCCGGCGCGCCGCCGCGGCCCGGGUUCGACCUGGUGCUGCCCAGCGUGGACGGGCCGCUGCAGGGCGUGCCCUGGAAGACGCUGCCGCCGCUGGUGCCGGCGCGCCGGCCCGUGCUGGUCUCCUUCCAGGGCGAGCUGGCGGCCGGCCAGCGCUGGGCGCGCACCGACGAGCUGACGUCCAGCCUGCAGUCGCUCUCGCAGUCCCACACCCGGGACGUGGUGCACGCAGAGUUCCGGUGUCCCGAGGACGCGCCGGCCGCCGCGCCGCCCCCCGUGUCUGCGGCGGCCGGCGGCUGGCGGCUCUGCGGCUCGGCCCAGCAGCGCUCCGAGCGACUCGGGAACGCCACGUUCGCGCUGCUGCUGCCGCCGGGCGGCGCGGUGCAGCAGCGGCUGACGGAGGCGCUGCGGGCCGGCGCCGUGCCCGUGCUGCUGGGCGAGUGGCCGCUACCGUUUGAGGGAGUGCUCGACUGGCGGCGGGCGGUGCUGCGGGUGGCCGAGCCGCGGGUCCGUGAGCUGCACUACAUGCUGCGCUCACUGACCGACGGCGACAUACUCAGCUACCGCAGGAACGGACGCGAGCUAUGGGAGCACUACCUGAGCUCUGCCAAGGCGGUGGCCGACGCCCUGCUGACCCAACUGGCCGAGCGGCUGGAGCUGCCGCCGCCGGCCGCCGCCGCCGUACCAGCACAGAGCGUCUUCAACGACACCUUCCAGCGUGUGACGGUGGACGUGCAGCUCUCCACGCUGGAUCUGGACGAGUACCUGGGACCGAUCGAGACGCCGCACGCCUCUGCGGCCUACCAGCGGAACCUCACCACGCCCCGACUGGACAGCUACGCCCGCUGGAACCUGUUCCUGGCGCCGCACCGGCUCUACCCGGCCGUACCCUACGGCGACGUACUGCCCGCAGAGGCCAAGUUUGUCGGUCCCCGGCUGGGCUUCCGUCCGGUGGCGGCCGGCGAGGGCGGAUCCGGCAAGGAGUUCAGCGAGUCGCUGGGCGGCAACUCGCCGCACGAGCAGUUCACCGUGGUGAUGCUCACCUACCGGCGCGAGCAGGUGCUGCUCAGCGCGCUGGGCCACCUGUACGGCCUGCCCUACCUCAACAAGGUGGUGGUGGUCUGGAACACGCCCGAGCCGCCCGCCGAGACACUCCAGUGGCCCAACGUCGGCGUGCCCGUCGAGGUGGUGCGCGUGGGCAAAAACAGCCUCAACAACCGCUUCCUGCCGUUCGACGCCAUAGAGACGGACGCCGUUCUGUCGAUCGACGACGACGCCCACCUGAGACACGACGAGAUCGUGUUCGGGUUCCGCGUGUGGCGCGAGCAGCGAGACAGGCUGGUUGGCUUCCCGGGCCGGUUCAACGCGUGGGACACACGCUUCGGCGGCUGGCACUACAACUCAAACUACUCGUGCGAGCUCUCCAUGGUGCUCACAGGCGCGGCGUUCUUCCACAAGUACUACGCGCACAUGUACUCUGAGUGGAUGCCGCAGGUGAUCAGAGACAAGGUGGAUGAAUACAUGAACUGCGAGGACAUCGCGAUGAACUUUCUCAUCUCGCAUCUCACCCGGCAGCCGCCGGUCAAGGUGACGUCCCGCUGGACGUUCCGCUGCCCCGGCUGUCCGGUCACGCUCUCUGAGGACGAGGAACACUUCAUCGAGCGACACAAGUGCAUCAACUUCUUCUCCCGCGUGUUCGGCUACAUGCCGCUGCUGAACACGCAGUUUAGGGUCGACUCGGUGCUCUUCAAGACCCGGCUACCGCAGGACAAACAAAAGUGCUUCAGGUUUAUAUAGUGGACGCGGGUGAUAGAGACGAACGUUUAACUACAGACGGGUUAUGCAGUGUAGUGUUGGUGCUGACAUAAGACCGAGGAGGGUGUUUGGUGCUAGUGACGACCAGCGACAGAAGACAGGGUGAGGCGGUGACACCGUCAGCUGAUAUUUGGCAGCACGCCGUGGAGGCGCGAAGGGUUUCCUUCACAGCUACGACUUCUCUCCGCCCACUAUUCGCAUACUGUAGGUCCAACCUACAUCUCACCGACAUUAGCUAGUUUUCCGAUCACUGGCGGACCCAGCCAGUGAUCUGCGCACAUUCACUUGACCUCACCGUUGUAGCUUUGUGACACGACCUGGCUGACACGCCGCUCCUGUAGUUUCGUCAGGGCAUUAGCAUACUCAUCUCACCGGGCCCAGGCCACGCACUUCUCUCAUUUGCGCUUCAUAAAUCGCGCUCAUCAUUGCAAGGCUAUCGCUGUUAUUUGCACAUACGCUAUAUGUGAUAGACUGAAUCACAGACUUCUCUAUAUAUGGACUGUGCGCUGAUCCGAGGAAAUCAGCAUUGGAGGCCCAAAAAUAAGUGCACUUUUAUCCAUCUUUUUACAAUGAAAAGGGUGUCAGAAUAUUCACAAAUUUGGAUAUAGGAUAGCCCAUACUUUUAUCUACCUGUCGGAUUACAUUUUUUUGUUGAAUUCAAAAUAAAUAAGAAAUAAAUGUAUAUAAAUGAGAACAUGUUUUCUCGUUCAGUUAGCCAUUUGUUCACGCUGGAGGUAUAUACUUCACAAAUGCAGCCGUACUUUGCGCGCAUUUUCUUGCUUUUGAAUGUUGGUUGCAUUGUUGGUUGUCGUUGCUAAUUUGUCGGAACUAGUCAUUUACGUUGGUUUUGAAAAGGGUUUUGAGAAAUAACGAUACAUUAUAUAGGGCCACAAGAAGCAGUAAAAAUAAGUAAGAAAUAGCUCGAUAAAAUGGUCAAAAAAGGAAAGAAUAUUAUCGAUCACUACCUCAUCACGACCGGAUCAGAAAACGUGUGGUGCGAAGAUGUCAUUCCGGGUAUCAAGCCAGAGUCAGGGCAAGAAAAAUGUGAAACGAAACAUAAUUUCUAGCAAAAAGGCAACUUUUUAACCCCCCGUAUAACUAAAAGGAAAAAAUGUUCACAGACGAAACCGUCAAUCGAGAUAAGAGAUAACGCUGAGGACAAUCAGAUUUGCAAGUGUACUUUUGCAAACACUGACUCCUGUGAGACUCACACAGCAAGAAGAAAAACAGGACGCUAUCGACGGCGCCAGUCUCAGCAUACUUCCUAUAAUGCCUAGUGCCUUAUUUUAUUCUGGAGAAAAAAAGACUCACUGAAAGGAGCUACAAAGACUUAACUUGACCAGCAGUUAAUGUGAAAAGAACAAUUCGCCAUCGCAGUUCGAAGCUACGCCGCGCUAAAUAAUGCCAUACCCAUGGCAGUGAUACGCCACUACAUCCAAAAGAAGUAAGCUUAUUCAAUCAAACAAUGAAGUUUAUCCAGUGUGUCGUAUGGGGUUGUAGUUCAUUAUGGUCUGGAUCAAAUCAUCUCGGAAGAAUGCUCGAUGAAAUGAUGGAAUUCGUACCCUUCGCAUCAAUGUUAAACGAUGAAGGUUGCCGCUCUUAAAUGUUACCGCAAAACUUGCAUCGGGAUCGGGAAGCUCAAGAAUACGCCAGUCUGCGAAGAACGGACGGAAAAAUAGCGGUGGAGCAGAAACAAGAUGCAUAGGACUGAUUGGAGUAUAAGUAGCUGGGACAAACAUCUGUGCCGGUGGUGGCCUGUUAUUACAGGAACUUCUACUUUGGAUAUCUCAGGAAACUGGCAGGUCACCAUUUCUAGGCCAGCUGUGGACAUUUUUGAUGGAGAAGCCAAGAAAUGUGCCAAGGGCGAAGAGCAUACUGUAAGUAACGAGCUACAGAAUAUGACGGAGGCGCCGGGGGCACUAAUCGUUUGGCCGAACGGGGAAGAGCACUCGAUCCGCGCCCCGGCAGGUUACCUGUGGUCCAGCUUCCGAGCUGAGAUGGUCGCCCUCCGAGCUGCUCUCUCCUAGCUGCUGGAGAACCCGCCGCACGCCGAAGACACCAUCGUAGCCUGCACCGACUCGCAGUCCGCCCUCGCCGCCAUCCGAGGUGGCUGGGCCGCCCAGCACUCCUCGCUCGGAGUGGACAUCUGGAGAGCCCUCUGGGGACUGACAGCUGGAGGCCUGUUGGUCUACCUACAGUGGGUGCCCUCACAAUGCAGGUUGGAAGGCAACGAGAGGGCCGACACCAUCGCCAAGAAGGCAAACAUACUCGACUAAAAACAAAUCCUUAUAGACGUCCAGAAGGCCCACUGGGCCGCCGCCAGAGUGGCGAGGGCUCGCACCGUCGGGGCCUGGCCAGCCGGCUGGUUCCACCAGCUGACGGGGAUCGACUCCCGCCUACCGUUGCCAGCGGCGAUCGGCCAGCGGCGGUGGACAUCCACCAGCUCCGCGCCGGCCACUGGACAAGCUCCUCCCAAUGGCGCCACAGAGUCGGGUUGGCGCCCUCCUGGCUGUCGGGGUGCAACCAGUGCGACGACCGACAAUGCAGAGCCGCACUCUACCCGUCUGCUGAGAGGAGGCGGACAGCCCAAGCAUGUCCUCCUGCGGUGCCCGGCUCUGAUGGGCACCCGACAUCGCCUGAUGGCGACCAUCAACCCCAACAUGGAGGAGGUGCGGAGCGGCAGCAUCGUGGUGGCCCUGGGGGCCGCCCACAGGUCCCUUCAGAGCUGCUCGGCUACGUCUCCAUGGGACGAAGGGACACAAUAAAAGCAACAAUAGCUACAGCAUGAUAACGUGAUGGGAACGACCGUCACAAGAGCUAUCGCCUUAUCAUUCAGCAGCGAGUGGAAAACGAGCAGACGGAGGGAUACGUUGCAAUUGGUGAUGCGCAUGUGCGAAUGUGUGAAAGUGCGACUAUGUGUAGAUGCGUGGUGCGAAAAAGUGGGUAGCAGAGAAGAACAGUGAAGACACCGUUGCAGCAGACACACAUUUUCCCGUAAAGUCCCCCAUCGGCAUUACCGCCAACCUUUACCACCAGCGCGGUCGGUGCACUGUCGCGCGAGUUUGUAGCCAGCCAUGUCAGAGAUGUGAACAAUCCAGCACACUGGGGAAGUAGAAAGGGAUGAUAGCCACCCUUUCUCGCUGGAUCCUGCGGUGAGUUUUCAAGCCCACUGGUGCAAUGUGAGAUGAACUUGACAUGAAGACAUCAAUGGGUGUCGAUGAACGUGAAAUGAUGUUCCAAUACAGAUUCAUAUCGACCAGAAGCCUUUCUUAUUCUGAGCUACGAGCAAUAGAUAGUACAAAAACAAAAUAUAUUACAUAAAAUUCAGCCUGUCGACAGGAAACAAUAAAAGGGUAUUGUGUUACAACAUAUGGGUUCAUAUUACGGCUUCAGAAAUUUGGGCCUCCAAUGCUGAUUUCCCAAAUCAGCGCACAGUCCAUAUAUAGAGAAGUCUGUGACUGAAUGGAGUUUAGCUGGAUGACAGUCGGCGUUGUUUGUCACGAACUGUGCAAGUGGCUGCGCGAAUUGCCCGAACGAGUGUUGAACUGACUGCUUUUGCGACGGUAUUUUUUUCUGCGAACUGCAACAGCUGAUGUUUAUCUGUGUAUCAUGCAUGCACUACCAUGUUGUAUAUUUUGUGCGCGGUUCGCACGUUCUCUGGCGGACUGCGUGCGAACAGAAAGGAUCCCGAUUCCGCUGCCGCUCUAUGUAACUAGCAUCGCCCUGUAGUAGCCCUGGGGCGAGUAAUUAGGCCACGACCC